AUGUCUUCCCACGUGCUAAGCAUCCUGUUGUUUGCUGUUUCCGGCCUGGCCCUAUGUGAGUCUUCAGGGCACCAUUCGGGGCCUGGUCACCACGAGACACACCCGGCUACCCCUUCGGCACAUCUCUCAAACGGCACCUAUCUAGGGGUGCAUAGUAGAGAGUAUGACCAAGACUACUUCCUCGGUAUCCCAUACGCCCAGCCUCCCAUCGGCUCUCGGCGCUUUGCGCCACCCCAAGCUCUUACAGAGUCGUUUGACGAGCCUCGAUCAGCCACCGAGUAUGGGCUGAUGUGUAUCGGGUAUGGAUCCGAUACCGCCAACCUAGGGAACCCCAUCUCUGAGGAUUGUUUGACCCUCAAUGUUGUGCGUCCGGCUGGCGUUGAGGCCGGCGACGACCUUCCGGUUGGCAUCUGGGUACAUGGUGGUAGCUAUGUGAUGGGCGGCUCGCGCGAUCCUCGAUACAACCUGAGCUAUAUCGUUGAACAAUCUGUAUCAGAGAACAAGCCCAUGGUUGCUGUGUCAAUCAACUAUCGUCUCUCAUACUGGGGCUUCUUGUUUGGCAAGGAAAUGAACCAGGCCGGAGCCGGCAACAUUGCUUUCAAGGAUCAACGCAUGGCACUGCAAUGGGUUCAAGACAACAUCGCCGAAUUUGGUGGCAAUCCUAAGAAGGUCACAGUAUGGGGAGAGUCUGCUGGUGCCCGUUCCUUGGGAAUGCAGCUCGUUGCAUAUGAUGGAAAUAAUAGCGGCCUAUUCCAAAGUGCUAUUCUUGAGAGUGGUAGCCCCGUCGCCCAGUUUGGUGAUGCCGACGUCUGGCAACCAUAUUUCGAUGCUCUUGUCCAGAAGACUGGAUGCGGUGCGGCCUCUGAUAGACUGGAAUGCCUAAGAGGGCUGCCGUGGCAAACUCUUAAUGACGUGUUCAACAAGACCACGCCCCUGAAUGCCACAUCGCCUACUCUCACUGCUGUGGUUGAUGGUGACUUCAUCACGGCCCAGGGAUCCAAACUCUUGAAGGAGGGCAAGUUCGCCCGCGUCCCACUUCUCCUCGGGAACAAUUUCGAUGAGGGUACGGCAUACGCCAAGCAAGGUAUCAACACUGAUGCGCAAUUCGAAGCCUGGCUCGCAACGUUUGGGUUAAACCAGGAUCAGAUUUCAAAAGUCAAGGAACUUUACCCUGAUGACCCAGACCUGGGUAUCCCAGCCUCCUUCAUUGGCCGACCUACAGACUCGUUUGGCAGCCAGUGGAAGCGUGUGGCAGCUUUUGCAGGAGACUAUCAGCAACACAGUGGUAGAAGACUUCUGGCUGAGUCGUACGCCAGUGCCAACCUUCCCGUGUACUCUUACAUGUGGAAUGUAUACGUUAAUGGACUUGGGGCAAUCUAUGGUGCAACUCAUUUCCAGGAGGUUGCAUUUGUCUUCAACAACAUCUACGGACGUGGCUACGCCAUCAAUCCAUUUGAGAACAAGCCGAUAACAUACAUCCAGCUGGCAGAUCUGAUGAGCAGGAUGUGGGUAUCAUUCAUCCAUGAUAAUGACCCCAACGUGCAAAAGAAUCACCGUCACAAGGGUGUCGCUUGGCCGAAAUACACGACUGACCAGCCUGACAAUCUCGUCUUCGACACUAAUAUUCUUGGUUUACGGUACAUCGCGAAGGAUGAUUACCGAAAGACUGAAAUAUCUUACCUCUUGAAUUCUAUUUUCGAGUAA